AUGAAAUGGCUUGAGAGAUUAGGUAUCCAUCGUCGUCGGCCCUCAUCAGAUCUCGAACUGCAGAACACCUCCGAGUCUCAAUCUGGUUCAACCCUGAGCCCACAAGAAAGCCAGGAGUCUACUAAUAAACCUUAUUCAGCAGAACGGUUGACAGAAUUUCCAAUUGAAGGUUUCUAUUCUAAUUUACGGCGUGAUUGUGGGAUUAUAGUGGGUCACCGUACCGAGGAGCUAAAAGCUUCAGGCUUAAAUGUGGAUCUCAUUGAAAUAGCUGUAGAAAGGCUUUUGACAGAAACUUUUGCUAGAGUCGAUAAGUAUCAAACCUGGGAGACGGCUAUGAUCAAAUCAACGAAUGAAAUGAGAAAUGGCUCAAAACCACCUUGGAGGCCAGAACCGAAGAAAUGGGUAGAAGAUCUUAAGCUCUUGAAAACCGAUCUCAAGAAAAUCUUUUGGGAGACAAAUUGGUUAUAUGGAGUAUCAGCGCUGUCUUCAGUUCCUUUUAAUUCGCUCAUGAAAGAAUUAGACGUCUGUAUUCAUGGUAAUCUCUCGCAACUCAGUUUGCUCUACACACGUGAGUAUCAAGGUGUCUGGUGGAAUUUUUACAUUAUGAACCAUUAUGGAAUAUCUAGAAUUGUUGAUAUACCAAAGGUCAUUGACGACCAUGCUCCAGCAGCAAGCUUUGCCGCCAUUUUUGUCUUCUUCUGGAAGAAUACUCCAAAACAAUUUGAGGAAAAGUAUCGCUACAGGAUACCAGUAUGUUUCGGUUUAAGCGUAGUUGCAUUUUUCAUUUUAGUGUCUUUGGCGAAUGGAAAUGUGCUCUUCUAUCUUUGGUCAUAUCACCCCGAUGUGAAACCAAUAUACGAGGAAGCGGCAUCAUACUUUGAGUGGCCAGACGAAAACUGGCCAUCUCCGCCAUUCUGUUCGAAAAUCAGGCUCCGCUUUUGGAGGAAGGGUGGAUAUCUUCCGCGGGUCGGACCACUUGUUGAUGGUGAACACAAGGAUAAGCAAGAGUAG